CGUUGUGGUAUGAAAGAAGAAGAGAGAAGGAUAACUCUAAGAAGAGAAAUGUCAGGAGCGCAGGGGGCAGAGCCCAAGGAGUCGAAGACGGCGACGACGUACGAGUCGGUAGAGGGUGGGGAGAACAGGACGAGGACGGACAUGUGCACCUCUCAGGACCAGGGCGCCAUUCAGGUGGACCUGCUCGAGGAGAAGGUCUCGGAUGCCACCGGCCACGACGGCCCUGUCUUUGGUGCAGCCGCCGCUGGUAAAACCAAGGAGGAGGAGGAGGAGGCGGGGGACAAGCAGAAGAUCGACUUGGGCGUCACUGGCACCGGAUGACGUUAACAAUCACGCAAAACCCUCUUAGCUUUUUGUUGAUGUAGCUUCUCUCUCUCUCUACUGUCUUGGUUGCAUGUAUCUACCGUCAGGUACCUGGAUCGAUCAUUUGUGCUUUCUUUCAAUGUAAUGGCUUUGAAUCAA